AUGUCCAACAUAUACAGUCAUAGGCAGAUUGCUCCUGGUGGAGCUCCUAGUUCGAACCGUAUCAAUGAACUCUUGGAUACAAUAAAGGCGGAAUUUGAUAAUCUUCAACAAGAUGCUAUAACUUAUAAAAUGCAACGUGAAGAAUUCGAACAUAAAGUUCAACAGCAAACAGAGGAAGUUAACCUAAUUCGUCAAGGUUUAUAUGAUUUACAAGCAACGCAGAAAAGUAUAAAACAACAAUAUGAUGCAGAUGUACGUAAUCUUCAACGUGAAAUAGAACAAUCAAGAUUACAUUCUCAUCCAUCUUCUAGACAAAAUAAUCUUUUUGGUACAAUCAUGAGUGGUAAUGGUGGUCCAACAGCUUUGGUAGCUCCAGCUCAAAUGUCUUUGGAUCCUUCACAACAACCUCCAACAAAUCAGCCUGGUCAUCCAGUAGCUUAUACAGGUCCCGGUGGUCCACCUCAAAGUGUUCCUCAAACAGGUCAAUUAUCACAAACUCAACAUACACAAAAACGACAACGUUUAGAUGAUGUUCCACCCGGUCCUCCGCAAGGUGGGCCUUUAGGAAUUCCGGGUAACGCUCAACAAACUCCUGCCGGUAUGUACGGAUCUAAUGGAAUUCAACAACCCCAAAAUAAUCAAGCCCCACCUCCUUUAGGUCAAGGAUACAAUAUGGUACAAAAUAAUAAACCUGGCGGUAAAAUGCCAAAGAUCCCUCAAGGUAUUGGAGGCCCUGAUGGACCACAAAGUUCGGGAGUUCCUACAAAUGGGAAUGCUCCAGCCGGUCCACCAGCCAAUAAACGGAAAAACAAUCCCAAUAUGAAUACCCAAUUACAAUCCGGUUCUCGUCCUCCUAUAAAGCAAAGUUCUAUUACUGGUGCGGCAGGUGGCGGUUUAGGUGAUAUGGAUCCAGAAACUGUACCCGCCCAACUUAAAAAAGAAGGAUCUGAUUGGUUCGCAAUUGUCGUAUGUUGUGUUAAAUUCAGUUCGGACGGAAAAUACCUUGCAACUGGUUGUAAUCGAAGCGCACAAAUUUAUGAUGUUACAACUGGUCAUAAAUUAGCCGUUUUGGAUGAUAAUAAUGUUGAUAAAACUGGUGACUUGUACAUUCGAAGUGUUUGUUUCAGUCCAGAUGGAAAAUAUUUGGCAACAGGUGCCGAGGACAAACAGAUUAGGAUUUGGGAUAUCGCACAAACGGCAAUUCGAAAAUAUUACCAAGGUCAUGAACAAGAUAUUUAUUCACUUGAUUUUUCACGUGAUGGUCGUUUGAUUGUAUCCGGUUCUGGUGAUAAAACUGCUAGAGUUUGGGAUAUGAUAACCGGGGAUCCGGUAUUUAAACUUACAAUUGAUGAACCCAGUCAAAAGGAUGCAGGUGUUACAAGCGUGGCCAUUAGUCCCGAUAGUCUUUACGUUGCAGCCGGUUCAUUAGAUAAAAUAGUACGCGUCUGGGACGCUCGAACAGGUUAUCUUCUUGAACGUUUGGAAGGUCAUAAAGAUAGUGUAUAUUCAGUAGCUUUUGCACCUGAUGGAAAAACAUUGGUUUCAGGUAGUCUUGAUAAAACUUUGAAAUUAUGGGAUAUGAGUCAUCCGGGAAGAACUACUAGUGGUUCUGGACCUAAUGCAAAAAAUUCAGCGAAAUCAACGUUUAAUGGACAUAAGGAUUUCGUCUUAUCAGUAGCAGUCUCACCGGAUGGUCGUUGGGUAGUUUCAGGAUCAAAAGAUCGCGGUGUACAGUUUUGGGAUCCAGUUACUGCACAAACACAAUUCAUGCUACAAGGACACAAAAAUUCAGCCUUAAGUCCGGCGUUAAGUGGACCAGUUGGAAAACUUUUCGCUACAGGUUCUGGUGAUUGUAGAGCAAGAGUAUGGCGGUACUUCGAUGAUAAUUAUCAAUCAUAA